AUGGGAUACACCACGCUAUGGAAGCGGCUUUCGCCGCGGCAGCUGAGCGUUGCCAUCCAUGUCUUCUCGCUCAUCUCCAUCUUCUUCGAGGGCUAUGACCAGGGCGUCAUGGGAGGCGUCAAUUCGGCCCCGAACUACCUGACCUUGGUCGGCAUUGGCAAGGCCAGUGGGAAGGUCACCAACACCACCCAUCAAGGGGGCAUCGUGAGCGUCUACUACUUGGGGGCGAUCUUUGGCUGCUUUGCCGGAGGAUGGCUCGCAGAUCGAGUGGGACGCAUCAAUGGGUUACUCGCAGGGUCAUUGUUCGCGUUGGUUGGAGGGGCCCUGCAAUCUGCCAUCUCAAACUCAAAUUUCAUGAUCUGCGCCAGAGUGGUGACAGGUAUUGGCACUGGUGCUCUGACGGGCAUCACGCCUGUGUUGGUCUCGGAGACCUCAACGGCGAACCACCGAGGGGGAUUCCUAGGUUACGUCUUUAUAGCCAACUACCUCGGAAUUUCUGUCGCCUAUUGGAUCUCCUUCGGCCUGUCCUUUAUCAACCAUGGGUAUUCUGACGUCCGAUGGCGGUUCCUCCUCGCCUUCCAGUGUUUCCCCGCCCUCCUACUUGCAUUGUUCAUCAAGAUGCUGCCUGAUAGCCCUCGAUUUUUAGCCUCGGUGGGAAGAACAGAUGAAGCGCGUGAUCUUUUGAUUCGAUUGCGCAAGGACAGGGCUACAGAGGAAGAGAUAGAUCGGGAAUACUGCGAAAUCGUGGCCACAGCAAAGCACAGCAAGCCCAGCUCUCCAUUGCAGUUUGCCAAGAUUCUGUGUGGAAAAGGCGGAGACAAAGGUACAAAUUUGGGUCGACGUGCAUGGCUGUGUAUAUGGCUUCAAAUAAUGGCAUCCUGGACUGGAAUCUCGGCUGUCACUGCAUAUGCCCCAACUCUCCUCGAGCAGGCUGAAUACGGCGAAAUACAAAUCAGUGGUCUUUCCGGGGGUGUCAACACAAUUGGCAUUGUUGGCACUAUCAUUAGUGCUCAGAUUAUAGAUCGCCUUGGUCGCAGACCCUGCCUGAUGGGCGGAGCUGCUGUCCUGUUCGCGGUCAACCUGAUUGCCGGCGCGCUAUAUGAAGCAUCCUGGUACCACCCUGAAAAGGUCAAGCAAUACGCCCCUCCCGCCAUUACGAUGCUUUUCUUGUUCAAUCUUGGCUAUGCCGCCACCUGGGGUACCGUGGCCUUUUUAAUACCCACCGAGAUCUUCCCGAGUGACCUGCGGGCCCAGGGCAAUGGGUUUGGAAUCACAGGCUGGGCCAUUGGCGUGGGCAUGACCACACUGGUCAAUCCCAUUUUGUUUGGUAACCUUCAUAGCCGUGCCUAUUUCCUUCUUGCUGGGCUGAACUUGAUCUGGAUACCGAUUGUCUUUCUAUUCUACCCUGAAACUCGAAACCGCUCCCUCGAGUCCAUUGAGGCUCUUUUCUCCACCAGCAGCCCCUUCCACUGGCAAAUGGAACGGGCUUACAAACUCCAUGGCGAUGUUUUGGCGACGCAUGGAGUCACAAAAACCCAAACCUACCAUGCACCGAAGUCGGAAUCAAUAGUGUCGGUGCACGACGAACCAUAA